UUCUUUCAACUGAUGUUUACCGACCCCCUUUUCUUAGGGAGCACAGGGCCCCAGCAGAGACGAACUCCUCCAGCAUCUGAGGAGAUCAUUGUUCAUAUGGAAACAAAUGGCCCUACGCGUCCCUGACAGCAAGAAGGCAGCCGAAGUCGUCGAAACAGUCCUCAGGAGAGUCGAGAUGCAGAUGGGCAUCACGCCGACCACAUUACAGACCAACGAGGAGUUACCAUCACAAACGAAUGAUGGGACCGGGUCCGUGGCAGGCCUAACCAUCGAUGGGGACUUCUCCCUCAUGCCGCCGCCGCAAGGUGCUAGUGAAACACAUACCGAUUUCCAGGCGUACGAUGUCUUUUUGAAUCCUCAGGGGUCCCAGGCGGAUGCUGCUGCGCAGAUGAGAAAUAACAGUACUUCCUGGAUGGGCGAAUCGACGGGAUUUUACUGGAGUCAAUUCGAUGCCUUAACUCGCAGUGGCGAGGAUGCCGUACAGCCGACGUUUCAGAUGCAGAAUCAGGACUGGCUUGAUAGGGAUCCGCUGGACGACUUGGAUUUCAUUACAUCCACCAUGUCGUGGCAGCCGUCAACAUCGCAGGGCUGAGUUUUACGGAGGCGGUUUCAAUGAAUGCGGCAUGAUUUUGCCCUUGGAAGAGAUCGUAGGGGAUAGAAUUCAGGGUA